AUGUCCACAACCCAAAUGGGAUAUCUGCUGAUAUAUGUAGUGCCCUUAUAUGCAGCCAAUCCAGUAUGGAAAUGCUUUGUCAAACAUUUGCCACCAUUAUGCCAGCUUGGGCUAGGCAAAGAUUUUUUGAUCCAGAGAAUGAGAGAUCAAGGUUACAUCUCCCAUGAUUAUGCAAACUCAGAAGACAUUAGAGAUCUUCGAAGCAUGGACAAUGUUCAAUUGCUGGAGAUGAAUGAACUCCCACUUAAAAGCUUAAGUAACUUUGAAACAGCUCUGACAUGGGUCACUAAGAGCAGUUUGAAGCAGUACAUGCAAAAGUAUUUACUUCUUGUACCUGGAGAUUGGCCAGCACAAUUUUACAUCAGACAGGCUGUGUAUAAGUCUGUAUACCCCAAUGGCAAGUUGCAGCAACCUGAAAACCCACUCAUGAACACAAGAACAUGCGAUCACCAUGAUUACUCAUUACGUAUGCCUCUCAGUGAUUCCACAUUCACAACCUGGAAGAAAGAAAUGGAUUCUAUUGUACCAUUAAUUGGACCCCUUCAUAUUUCCCUGAAUGCAAGAGAAGACAUAUGUGAACUUUAUCAUCCUCUGAUGAAGUACAUAUACAAGCGAUUGUUUCGUGGAUGUGUUUUAGCAGGUAAACCAAAACCAUGGAGAAUCACGCUUCUUCUCGAAAUAAUUUAUGGAGGAUGGACACUCAUUAGAAGCACUGUUGUUGUGUUAUUCAGCAAAUGCAAACAACUCCAAUAUGCUAUUUUGUUUAACCUAAUGAUAUAUGGAAUUUCCUUUAAACUGAAUCAAUUUGGACAAUAUUUGAAAGCUGUAGUUCGCAUUUGGACAAUGUUUCACUGCUUUCACAGGAAACACUAUGAUAAAGCCCCACUUGUAUGGAUAUCGCAUAUUGGAUAUUGGUCCCAACACUACCCUGAGCUGCACCAAACAUUUGAAGAUAAUAUUGCUUGCACAGAUGAAUACCCUGUAGAGAAUGCACACUCAAUAAUACAGGCAAAUACACAAUCAGCUGAUGAUUGCACAACAAUCUCAAAAAAAGCUAAGAUGAUGUUUACUUCAAAAGCAGAAGUGAAAAACUUUAAGUCAGUAUUCACACCACCCAAGUCAUUUACAUUCACAAGAAAAGUUUUAAAGUCCCUCAAAGUUAAAGCUGCAGAAAUCAUUGGUGAUGUUUUAAAGAAAACAAGAAAUACGGACAGUGCUAAAGAAAUAUCAACAGACAUGCAGUUAAACUCAGACAACAUAAAAUGUUUACCAUUGGGUUUUCAUACCAACAAGCCUCCAAAUCCAUGUCUUUGUUGUGAUAUGCCAGCUUGCCCACACCAAAGUGAAGACCUGGAAUGGAAAAGAUUUUAUGGUUGCUUUCACUCAUUCCACGUCAACUGCCUUGGAGACAUAGAUCAUUGCCCUAUUUGCCGUGGAUACCUUCAACAAGUCGUUCAACAGUUGUGAACUAGUGCACAAAAUGCAAUAUUCAAUGGCCAGGAUAAUGCUGAAGUAGACCUGGAAAAUCCUGAAAAUAAUACACCAGAUAAACCACCCAAGAUUCAUGAGGAAAGAAAUGAAGAAUUGGCAGCUAAAAUAGAAGGGAUUAAGGAAGGUAUUUCCAGUCUUACAAUUCCAGUUCCUACUCUAAUUCAACACCAACAAGUCUCUACAAAUUUGCCUGUUCCUAAGCACUCCUGUCCACCACAUUGUAAAACCUGUGGACAUCCCAUAAAAGGCCAUUGCACAAUACAAGCAAGUAAGACAUGCCCAAUGUGUGAAAAUAAGAAGUGUUCACCAGCCAGCAAGAAUCAGAAAUGCCAAUGUGAAUGGCACAAGGGGACUGUGUUAACACCAGAUAAGACAAACAGUUCUCAUAAUGUGCAAAUGAUCAAGCAUAACGCGACGGCAACUGAGUUCAUUCUACCCAAGGAAUUGUGUCAGUAUAGUUUGAGUCCAAAUGGUUUGACCAGCAAUGCUUGCACUGUAAUAGCUCUACUAACUGUGCUAAGUUUCUUGCAAGGAAACUUAAGUAUACCAAAGCAUGACAAUGAUAGUGUACUUUCCAUUCUACCAAAGCUACGGGAAGUUAUGAUUGAAGGCAAUACACUUUACAGCAUUAUCAACCCACCAUCACAUAAUCCAAACUUGGCAAUAGAUGAUGUUCUUGACACCCUUAGUUUUCCUCUGAAAGAAAAGCCAUUUGCUGCUGUGAGCAACUACCAAAUGUUGUCACAAGAAUUACGAAGUGCAAUAAAUGGAACUGAAAAAACGGACAGCCCACGUCUUGAUCAUACCACCCGAUAA